CGCCUGCAGGUACAGGGAGUUUGUGGGACAAUGUGGAGCGCGAGCGGUUGAGGCAAGGUCGAGUGCAACGGAACAGGGGCUUCACGUGGUUUCCAUGGUUUCUGUUCAAUCAACGUACACGGUACGUGAACUGAGUUCAUCAUGGGGUGAAUUUACCAGGCUGUCAACAUUCAUCAACUGAAGUCCCAACAACUUAGCCUGCUAGCAGGUGUGUCGCUAGCUAGCACACUCACCUUCUGCAAGCUAGCGAGAGCACUGUGAAUGAUGGAGAAUUUGGUCACCCAUCGGACCAGAUGCCAGUAUCAAGGAUGGAUGAAAGUCACAGAAAUGAAGAACUCGGCCCAGUGGAUGUCAUGUGGCCAGUCUUUCAGCCAGAACCUGGUCUGGAGACCCAAGUUCUGCAUCCUGUCUGACUACCAGAUGCUGCUACUGGACAAACAUGAGAUUCAUCCGUUGUUUCUACAAGAGAAGAGGGUGGAGACAUGUACAUUCUGGUUGCUAAGACACACCCUCAGAGUUCCUCCCGAGAGCCACGCCCCCAAGGAACCCUUGGCCCCGCCCACAGACAGCGAUGUUCCUGUUGAGAGACAGAGACGCAGGCAGAGCAUGCCAAGCAGCCCCUCCUUGGACACGCCCUCCACACCCUGUAAAAUCACGGCUUUCCUGACGCGGCGGCUGAAGUCCUCGAUCAAGCAGACUAAGAGCCAGCCCAAGCUGGACCGACACACCAGCCUGCGGAGCAUCCUGCCUGCUUUCAGAACCGCCGCCGACCAUGACAGGUCUCAUCUGAUGCCGAGGCUGAGAGAGUCUCGCUCCCACGAGUCGUUGCUGAGCCCUGGUGCUGCUGUCAGGGCCCUGGACCUCAGCAUGGACCAGCAGGUCCUCAUCAAGCCCGUCCACUCCAGUAUCCUGGGCCAGGACUACUGCUUCGAGGUGACCACGUCCACAGGUACCAAGUGCUUCUCGUGUCGCUCGGCUGCAGAGAGAGACAAAUGGAUGGAGAAUCUGAGGAGGGCGGUCCACCCCAACAAGGACAACAGCAGGCGUGUGGAGAACCUACUGACCGUGUGGGUGGUGGAAGCAAAGGACCUCCCCGCCAAGAAGCGCUACUUCUGUGAGCUGUGCUUGGACGACACGCUGUUCGCUCGCACCACCUGCAAGCUCCGCGCCGACAACAUCUUCUGGGGCGAGCACUUCCACUUCAGCAGCCUGCCCGACGUGCACAGCCUCACCGUGCACGUGUACAAGGAGACCGACCGCAAGAAGAAGAAAGACAAAAACAGCUACGUGGGAUUGGUCAACAUCCCCGUCGCCGCGGUGACCGGACGGCAGGUGGUGGAGAAGUGGUACUCGGUCUCCACGCCCAACCCCAACAAGGGCAAGACCCCGGUUCCCAUGGUGAGGAUCAAGGCACGCUACCAGAGCCUGAACAUCUUGCCCAUGGAACAGUACAAGGAGUUUGCAGAGUUCAUCUCCAACCACUACCUGCUGCUCUGCUCCCUGCUGGAGCCCUGCAUCAGUGUCCGCAGCAAGGAGGAGGUGGCCAGCGCACUGGUGCACAUCCUGCAGAGCACGGGCAAGGCCAAGGACUUCCUGACCGAUCUGAUGAUGUCAGAGGUGGAUCGCUGCGGCGACAACGACCACCUGAUCUUCAGAGAGAACACCCUGGCCACCAAGGCCAUCGAGGAGUAUCUCAAACUGGUGGGCCAGAAGUACCUUCAAGACGCUCUGGGUGAGUUCAUCAAGGCUCUGUACGAGUCAGAUGAGAACUGCGAGGUGGAUCCUGGGAAGUGUUCGUCCAAUGACCUGCCAGAACACCAGAGCAACCUGAAGAUGUGCUGUGAGCUGGCCUUCUGCAAGAUCAUCGACUCCUACCGGGUGUUCCCCAGGGAGCUGAAGGAGGUGUUUGCGUCGUGGCGUCAGGAGUGCAGCAGUCGGGGCCGACCCGACAUCAGCGAGCGUCUGAUCAGUGCCUCUCUCUUCCUGAGGUUCCUCUGCCCCGCCGUCAUGUCCCCGUCCCUCUUCAACCUCACGCAGGAGUACCCCGACGACCGAACCGCACGCACCCUCACCCUCAUCGCCAAGGUCACCCAGAACCUGGCCAACUUCACCAAGUUCGGCAACAAGGAGGAGUACAUGUCCUUCAUGAAUCAGUUCCUGGAGCACGAGUGGACCAACAUGCAGCGCUUCCUGCUGGAGAUCUCCAACCCCGAGACCAUCUCCAACACGGCGGGCUUCGAGGGCUACAUUGACCUGGGCAGGGAGCUCUCCACCCUCCACGCCCUGCUCUCAGAGGCCCUCAGCCAGCUGGACCAGUCAACCGUGUCAAAGAUGGCUCCCCUGACCCGGAUCCUACGGGAGGUUACGUCCGCACUGACCAAUCCAGGGGCUGUAGGGGGUCAGGUCUCCUCCCCCAGGUCCAGCUUGGCCACUCCCCCUCUGUCCCCACCUCUCUCCGCUGCCUCCAUCUCCACUGGCCUCCACAGCAUGGGUCUGGACGGACCAAUCACAGGGAUGGUGGACUUCACCAGGCUUCCAUCUCCGACCCCAGAGAACAAGGACCUGUUCUUCGUGACCAAGGGCUCCGGUCUGCAGCCAUCCGGCCUCCAGCAGUCUCCCGCCCGCAGCUCCAGCUACUCCGAGGCCACCGAGGCCGACGCCCUGGCCAAUGGGAGUAGAGGUGUUUCCAUGACGCUAGCCAAUGGCAGUAAGAGCCUGUCCCUGGUGGACCUACAGGACCGCAGCCUAGACAGCCCAGCAGGCCCCGCCCUCUCGCCGACUGACGGCAACGACAGCCAAUCACCUGUCGGCUGGACCACCCGUGCCCCCCAGAUGGCUCCCACCCUCAGGAGGACAGGCCACGCCCCCAGCACCGACUCCGCCUCCGGCCGUUCCCACCUCCUCCCCCUCUCCUUUCAGAAUCCCGUCUACCAGAUGGUCUCCAUGACGACCGUGUCGCCGCGGCAGCAGGACUCCCCCGUCCUGACCACGCCCCCUCGCGACUCCGGCUCCGACGGACACAGCUCCGCCAGUUCCCACGGCAACGCUGACGAGGUCGGCGGGGGAGGAAAACACGCCUUCCUGACCCAGAUGCCUCUCGGCGUGGGGGGAGGCAGCGAGGAAUUCGCCCGGCGUUCCGGAGAGUUCUCUCGCCGGCAGCUCUCGCUAACAGAGACUCCGCCCCCAAGCGUCAUCGUCCCUCGCCAGAACAGCGCCGGGCCUCAGUGGAGAAUCGACCAGCCCCCUCCCCCGGCCACGCCCCCGGCCCCGCCCACCAUCAGCAGAGGCCGCACCCCUCCCAGCAUUCUGGGCGGAGCCUAUCCUGGGCCUAGGCCCGCCUCUGGCAGCAUGAUGUCAUCGUCUCCUGAUUGGCCGAGCGGGGGAACGCGGCUUCGACAGCAGUCGUCCUCCUCAAAAGGAGACAGUCCUGAGAGCAAGCAGCGCACCCUCAUUAAGGCGCCCUCCCCAGUCAACCCCAAUGCUCUGGACCGUACGGCUGCCUGGCUGCUGAACAUGAACGUCCAGUACGUGGAGCAGGAGGGCGGGGCCGAGAGUGACGGCAGGCACAGAGACGACAUCACACAGACCGAGAAGUACCAGCAGGAGAUCCUGGUUCUCCAGGAGCGUCUCCGGGGAACGUCCCAGCGCCUGGAGGAGUACGAGACCCGCCUGGCGGUGCAGGACGAGCAGAACCAGCGCAUGCUGCAGGAGUACCAGGCUCGGCUGGAGGACACGGAGGAGCGCCUGCGCCGCACGCAGGACGACAAGGACCUGCAGAUGAAGAGCAUCAUCAGCAGGUUGAUGUCAGUGGAGGAGGAGCUGAAGAAGGAUCACUCAGACAUGCAGUCUGUGGUCGACUCCAAACAGAAGAUCAUCGAAGCUCAGGAGAAGCGGAUAGCGUCGCUGGACGCCGCCAACUCUCGUCUGAUGGGCGCCCUGAGCCAGUUAAAGGAGCGCUACAGUGUGCAAAGCAGGAACGGCCUCUCCCCCACCAACCCCAGCAAGUUGCAGAUCACCGAGAACGGAGAGUUCAGGAACAGCAGCAACUGCUAGGCUGGAGGAGGGGCGAGGGGAGG